UCACGCACGCAGAGAGCUGACUCGGAAGAAGAUUUUAAUGACCUUGUUUUUGUCAGAACGAGUUUGACAACAUUUCGCAUUUAAUCCCCUAGCUAGCUAACUAAUAUUCUUCAAUCAUGGGGAAGUCUUUUGCUAAUUUUAUGUGCAAGAAAGAUUUUCACCCUGCAUCUAAGUCAAAUAUAAAAAAGGUAUGGAUAGCAGAGCAGAAAUUAACAUUUGAGAAGAAGAAGCAGGAGGACCUCAUGAAUUCUUACCUAAAAGAACAAGACACCUACAACAACAGACUGUUGAUGGGGGAUGAUCGUGUGAAAAAUGGUCUCAACUUCAUGUAUGAAGCUCCACCUGGGGCAGACAAAGAAGAGACCAAAGAGGAAGGUGAAUCAGAAUACAAGUUUGAGUGGCAAAAGACGGCCCCUCGAGAGAAGUAUGCCAAGGAUGACAUGGCUAUUAGGGAUCAACCAUUUGGAAUUCAGGUUCGCAACGUGAGAUGCAUCAAGUGUCACAAAUGGGGCCAUGUGAAUACAGACAGAGAGUGCCCUCUCUUCGGCCUGUCUGGGAUCAAUGCCAGCGCUGCACCCACAGAGGAAGCAGGUCCGUCAAUGCACCCCUCUGAGUUAAUGGCGGAGAUGCGGAACAGUGGAUUUGCCCUGAAGAAAUGUGUCCUUGGGAGAAAUUCUACUGUUUGUGAUCCAUCGCAGGAGUAUGUCGCCAGUGAAGAAGAGGAGGAUCCUGAGGUUGAAUUCCUGAAGUCGUUGACUACUAAACAGAAAGAGAAGCUCCUCAGGAAACUGGAUCGUCUAGAAAAGAAGGAGAAGAAGAAAGACAAGAAGGGCAAAAAGCAGAAGAAGAAGAGUAAAGGAAAGCAGAAGAAGCAUGAUAGUGAUAGCUCCAGUGACAGUAGCAGCAGCAGUGAUGGUGACAGUGACUCAGACUCUGACAGCAACUCUAAGAGCCAGAAGAAAAAGAAGAAAAAGGACAAGAGAAAGGACUCCUGUUGUGAUAACACGAAGAGUGAGGGACUAGUCAACAGUAAGACCAAGGCCGCCUCUCACAGGAGCAGGUCACGGAGCCCAACCUCCAGACAGAAACGGCACAAAGACGAUACCAGAGAGAAGAAACAAACGAGGGCUGAGCCAGGCAGGAGCGAGGGCCGAAAGUACAGUCCAGAGAGAAAGAUGAGGGUGGAAGAACGUCAGGAGAGACACAGACACGACAGCAGGGAGAGGCAGAUAACCAGCAGCAGCUCCCAGCCUGGCCCAGAAAGAAGCAGGAGCAGUGAGAGAGACAGGGAGAGAGGUAAAGACAAGGUUCAACGUAAGGAUGAGGGGAAAAGUAGACGAGAGAGGAAUAGGAGCAGAGAUGGAGCGGAGGAUAAAGCAGCAAAAGAGGGGAGUAGAAGCCACGAGAGAGAGAGGGGAGGAGCAGGGAGGAGCAGGAGUACGGGCAGAGGGAGGGAGAAAAGAGACAGAAGCCGAGAUAGAGCUGAGAGAAAGCGCUAAACUGUGAGAGUAGACAAUCUUACAAAGUGGAACAGUAAUGGCAUACCUGUUUAUUUUGCUGGCCUAAACAAAGUGAAUAUUUUUUUGACACGAACGUGUAAUGUUUUAUGAUGCUACUGUAAAAUGUAUUUUUUUUUCUUCUUUUAUUAAACAUUAAACAACACAUAGAAACCAAAGUUUUAGUAGCCUGCACAGUAUUGGUCAUGUUUUGAUGUUACCUGCUAUUUGACUGCUACAGCAUCAUGAGAGCGCAGGCCCUCAAAUGUUAUUAUUUUUCUCCAUUAGAGGGCAGCAGUAGAUGUAAAAUAACUUGAACCACAGAAAUAUUUGUUGUCAUGGUUGUCAUUUUAUUCCCGAUAACUCUUCAAAAUACUAAAAGAAUAUUAUAGCAAAAUAAAAAUUAAAAUAUUUUGGUUUGGUGAAA